AUGAAAUUUACCACGUUAGGCACUGCGAAAGGCCAUUCUCAUCCACAUUGGUCUGCUGGGUCUCAGCCUCCCAAACGUGAUUUGGGCGGGGGGACAGAUUUCAACUCGGAUUUUAUGAAAUUCAGAUCAGAAGUUGACUUGCCUGCCCUCAUUAGAACUGAGCCAAAAAUUGCGACAGUUUCUAAGGAAAUGGAAUAUCAAGGUGAUAAGAAAGGAGAAGAAAACACUUUUCACCAGUCUGCCGAUGCAACACGAGAAGACGGACAGACCUGGUUGCUCGGGAGUUUAUCGCAUCAAAUGCGGCAACUGUGA